UGUAUUUUUGUCAGAGCACAUAAUCGAUGUUUAAAUAACCUUUUAUCAGACCAUUCAGGAACUUAAUCAACUUGGUUCCAUAAUGAGCCAGCGAGCUGAGCCUGUGUGUAUUGUUAGAGGCAUGCCUAUCGCAUGCCUUAAAUAAGGAACACCGGGUCAGGUGCGGUCCAAUCGGGCCGUGUGCUUGUAUGUAGACCUAUCAGGAAAUAUAAAGUCCCCCGCGACCCUCCCCGAACUACUCACUCCUUCGCCGUGUGGAUACUGGGUCUCCCUACACUGAGGUGGAUUUCCUCACAACGUAAUAGAAUCAAGAGAGGGAAUGUCUCUUUAAAUUUGAAGACUAUUGAAGGCCGUAAGAAAUGUUAUCAAUGAAGACUAACAGAGAAAUGGAUAUUUAUAAAAGACAGUUUAAAUCUCAAGAGUUUGCACGUGAACUCAACAAACGCGAACAACGCCGUCUUGACCAGGAGGUUGGCGGGAGAGGUGGUAUAGAGGCUGAAUACAGAUUCAAUCUCGACAAGGUGAACCAAGAACGCAAGGAGAUAGAGAGGGAACUGAACAAGAUCCGAGGCGGCGUUCACAAACAACUUACAAAUCAUGCUACCUUGUCAAGCGAUAAAAAGUUCCAUCAUCCGAAAUUCAAGGAUUUUGGAAUGAAAAACGCAAGCGGCAGGAGUCCUAGGUUGCAACGAAAGCCUUUACCAGAAAGCAACUCACGCGAGAAAGAUCCAAGCCCAAUGGACACCGAGAUGCUUAUUGAGUACCUCCAAAGUUUUAAUAAAGCGCAUGCGCAAGAUAAUAAUGGUAUUUCUGAUGGGAUCAAAGGUUCAGGUCGCUUCAUACAAAAUAAAUAUAAUGAUCUUCCACAUGUGCAAAUAAAUCCAUUGAUAAUAUCAGAUCAGUCAGAAACUAUUGAAGCGGAAAAUUCAAAUGACUCCGAGGAACAGAAGCAAUAUAUACAAACAUUAAGUGACAGUCAAUCGCAAGGCACUCCAUCUGACGACCACGAGACAUCACAAGAAAGAGAUCACAAAAACGAGAGUGGAGAAACAAAGUCGGGGAUGAGUUCACCUCGACACAGCCCAGUCAGACGUUUGUCACUAGACAAAGGAAAGCACAUUGCUCCAGGAACCAGUCCUCCAAGACAUCUCUCCGCCAGAAGACUGUCGACUGAUAAAGGAAAAAGUACAUCCCAUGUAGUCAACGAUGAUGUUCAUGGACCCCCAAAAUACAAUCCAGCCAGGCGACUCUCAACGGAUAAGGGAAAACACACCCCUCCAGACAACGAGGAUAUUCACGCUCAUCCAAGACACAGUGCUGUAAGGCGGCUUUCAACGGAUAAGGGAAAACAUACAACCCAUUCAGGCAACGAGGAGAACCCUGCUCAUGCAAGGCACAGUCCAACAAAGCACCUUUCCACGGACAAGGGAAAACAUACAGGCAACGAGGACAACCAUGCUCAUGCAAGACACAGUCCAACAAGGCACCUUUCAACGGAUAAGGGAAAACAUGCAACCCAUUCAGGCAAUGAGGAUAAUCAUGCCCAUGCAAGACAUAGUCCAACAAAACACCUUUCAACGGAUAAGGGAAAACAUGCAACCCAUUCAGGGAACGAGGAUAACCAUGCUCAUUUAAGACAGAGCCCAACAAGACGAUUAUCUACAGACAAAGGGGAACAUCUGUUACCCUUACAUACAGCAGACGAGAGACCGAGUUCGCCGCCGCACACACAAACAGAAGAAGUGAACGAGGCUGAAACUGCAAGUGUUUGGAAAGACGCAGAUGUGGAGGAAGUGGAAACACAACCUAAUAUUCCGGCGGAAGAGGAAAAACCGAAACCUACUAAAUCGACGAUCGGACCUGAAUCUUUUAACCCAGACGGGUCUCUAAAAACUAUGUAUACGGUACCUCCUUUUGAGCAGUCAUGGGAAGAGGCUAGGAAAGCCAGAUACAUCAGAACCCGUGAACCUUUGGAAAGGGACAGACAAUUAACCACUAAUGAGAUAUUUGAUAAAUCUUCAUAAACUCUGGAUUUAAGCCGUACGUAGAUAUGCAGGCUAGUCAUUGUGAUUUUAUUUUUGUUCUUAAUUUAAACUUGUUAAUUAAAAAUAAUUAACAUUGCCUAUAAUGUUAUCUUCACAACCGAUCUAUCUAAGUGGUUGUUUUACGUAUUUGGAGUACUUCUUUUUACGAUUGAUUACGUAUAAUGAAUUAUUUUGGACUGGUUUCAUGUUAUCGUUUUGGCGUAUAAAUAUGUUAUAAUGAAGAUAUUUGGAUCUGUUUUAUGGGAAAAGGAGCAUUGUAACUGGUGCGUUAUUAAGUACCUAGACGGCUCGUGUUUUAUUCUAAAGUGUAAACAUGUCGUUUUAAUGACAUUUAAUGGGAAGAAAAAAAUAAAGACAUCAAACAACUUCUCAC